UUUCGUUUUUUUGCAAUAUAAACACAUUUAAUUAAUAUAACUGAAGAAGUAUUCAUAAAAACAUUUUAGAAUAAAUAAUAAAGUAUAAUUAUUUGUAAAAAAUAAUCAAACAUAUUAAAUUUUUCUGGAAACCUUUGGGUAAGCUGGAGUUCUUCAAUUAAUGGAAUAUUAAUAUUUAUCAACUAAAGUUGUUUAAUCAUGAAGCUUUAUUGAAAAUAUUGUAUGUGUAAAGAACAUCAUGAAAAAAAAAAAAAAAAAAAAAAAAAACUUAAAAAAAAAAAAAAAAAAAAAAAGAACUCAUGGGUGCUCCUAUUACCUCUCUGCCUCCACUCGCGUCUGCAGUAAACAAGAGAUCCAUUGUUAUUGUUAACAAUUAGCCGAAAUCCGAGUAUGUAAUCUGUGCGGCGAAAACACCAUUUUUUUGUAUUGCAAAAGAUGCGUUUCUAAGAAUAAUGAAAAAUGUAAUUUAAAAUUGCCUUUGACUUACGACAUCUAUAGGGUGAAUCUUAAAACUAGCGGUUUUUUUUAGGGGGGGGCUGUUAUUACUAGGUUUCGUUUUUUCGCGAACAUUUUUCUUUUUUGAUGGACGGCGUCCAAGACAGCGCUGAGGUUUGCCUCACUUCGCUUCGCGAGCGAGAUCCCUCCCUUUGUGCAGCCGUUGGAUGUAGCAGUAGAUUUAUUCUUGUCAGCUGAGAAUUUUAUCCCAUCCCACCACUACUCUAGAAGUAAAUUAGAGACGCCCACCGGUUUCCGCGACAUGCCGAAAGUUAUUUUUUCACUAAAAUUGCCCACCGCAAACGCCCGUGAGCGAAAUUUAAAUCCAGUGGGAUUUGUAUCCCGCGCAAUUAGUGAAGUGUGGGACUGGGAGGAGCAUCUGUCGCAUACAAGCGACCACUCUAUUCACGCUCGGUGUCAGGAAAGCUGAGUGCCGCUGGAGGACGACCCAAGGAUGUAGACGAGCUCCGUGUGGGAUAACUGUCCUGUUUCAUUUCCAGUUUAGCUAAUCCAAAUUCAUUUGUUUAAAAUUUACGGGUGAUAUCUGUUUUCGUACGAAUAAGAGGUCUAAUGUUAUAAGUUCUAUUUUUAAUCAAUUAUAAAUGGGAAAAGUUUUGAAAUUCUGUUUGGUUACACUUGUAAGGAAUUAGAUAAUAGUGACCCUUUCGGUUCUCAUAUGACGUCAGACGCGUCAAUUCUGGGGUGGGCCAUAGUCAGCGAUAAUUGACGCCGCCAUUUUUGACGAAGACUGACACAUAGGUAAGCUGCCACUCAAGUGGUCCAAUCUAUCGGCUCUUGAGCUAUCUUGUUAAACUUUUCGAUGCGGUUGGUUAUAGGUAUAUGUUUGAAAAUCAAUUGAUUUUAACCUAUAAAAGAAAAUUUGUGGUUUUGAUAAGAUAAAAUUAAUAUUUCAAAUAAUCGAUAAGGAGAGAUAUUUGUAUAGCGGUCUUUCUUUGAAUAGUAAGACCGAAGAAAAAUAAUAAUAAUAAAAAAAAAAAACGCCGCUUAUUUCAUUUUGGACAGCUUUUCGUCAAUCUUGAAAUGUUUUUUUCAUCAAGUUCCCGCGUGUUUUAUUAGCAUUAUGUAAUUUUUAAUCAAUUUAAUAACUAAAAAAAAUGAACCUUUUUGAAGUAUCCUGCGUUUGUUGGGAAACUAUAUAUGUAUAGCGCAAUUGAUAUAAUGAACGUUUGUUUUUACCAAGUAUGCAGGAACCUUCCCCUGGAGGUGGGAAAACAGUGACUGGAAUAAAUCCUGGUAUCUCAGAUUUUCGAGACUCUAACAUUUCAAUGAUUGGACAGUGUAUGGAUGUUUCUGAAGCCACCUUGGCCAGUGGUGGCCAGGGAAUGGUUGUUCCUCCUCAAAAUGUUCCUUCGGAUCCACAAACACAAGCUCAAUUUGAAGCUGAUAAAAGAGCUGUAUAUAAGCAUCCUCUGUUUCCUUUGUUAGCUUUGUUAUUUGAGAAAUGUGAGCUAGCAACCCAAAGUGCUGAAGUCUCAUCUUCUGAAAGUUUUAAUAUGGACAUUCAAGCAUUUGUGCAGCACCAAGAACGUGACAGGAAGCCCUUUUUUAGUGAUGAUCCUGAUGUAGAUAGUUUGAUGGUGAAAGCUAUACAAGUUCUCAGAAUUCAUCUCUUAGAACUGGAAAAAGUUCAAGAAUUAUGUAAAGAUUUUUGUAAUCGCUACAUUGCAUGUUUAAAAAACAAAAUGCAAAGUGAAAAUUUAUUGAGGCCUGAUUAUCCUGGUUUGGGAAAUAACAUUCCAAGCUCUGGCUCCAGUACUCCAUCCAGUGGAGGAAGUAGUUCACAACCUCUUCCUGUGACUGGGACUAAUGGUACACUAAAUAACUAUGUGUUGCAGUCUGGAGUCUCACCUAAUCCUAUGCCUGUAAAUAAUCUCAAUCAAAGCCAAAUUGUAUCUGGUGGAAAUCUGUACCAAAUGGUUCAGACUCCGCAAGGAAUAAUGGCACAGCCCAUACAGGUAAAUCCCAGCUCCAGUGCUCAUAUAGUUCAUGGAAGCACACCUUUAUCACAGAUAGGCGCUACAACUGUUUCUCAUGAUUCAAGGAUACAAGCUAUUGCACCCAGGCCUUCUCUUUUACACAGUGGAGAUGAUGAUGAUGAUGAGCUUAUGAGUAAAAAGAAACAAAAGAGAGGUGUUUUACCAAAACAUGCUACAAGUAUAAUGAGGUCUUGGUUAUUCCAACACAUAGUGCAUCCUUAUCCUACAGAAGAUGAAAAGAAACAAAUUGCUCACCAGACGAAUUUGACCCUACUUCAGGUCAAUAAUUGGUUUAUCAAUGCAAGACGGAGGAUUCUGCAGCCAAUGCUAGAUGCAAGUAAUCCAGAGACCAAUCAUAAAUCUAAAAAAUCUAAAACACAAUCAAAUCGACCGGUACAGAGGUUUUGGCCAGAAAACAUUGCUUCAAUUCAACCUCAGCUUCAGAAUCCAAAUGAAUCAGAAGAUAGCCCAAAUGGUGAAAGCAAUCAAAUCAGUAGUUCUGGAGAUGUUCAGGCGAGCACUUCAGGUUUGAAUAUAAAUCAGCAAUGCAAUCAUUACACUGCUGCUAGCAGUACGACUCCAGAAAUGGGCCAUUCCUCUCCCGAUGGAAAUAUAAGCCAAAAUUGUUCUGAUGGUGAAGUCAAUAAGGUCCCUUCUAUUGGCAGCUUGGAGGAACUCAGCAUGAGUUGUAAUACAACUACUGAUGAAGAAAAUGAUGAUGACAAGCGAUAGUUGUUGUGAGAUCAUACAUAUUUCAAUUAGCAUUUUGCAUUGGAUACAGCUAAUUCUGAAUUGUAAUUGCUCUAAUAUAUAUGUUACUGUUUUGAUGUUGAAUUUUACUCUAAAACUUUUUGGAAGCUUAUUUGACUUAAUAUUAGUCAAAAAUUAUGACAGUUUUGAUUUCAGUUAAUUGAAAAUUUUAGUCAUCAAAUGUAUUUACAUAUUUUAAUUUUUAUUUAAAACAAAAAUAAAUGUUAGCCCAGGUGUAAAAAAGAUAUUUGCCUUUUUACCCCUCCUAAUUUUUUGAUAAGUGAAAUUUGUUGAUUUCUUUAUUUUUUAAACUGUUAUUUAUUGGUACAAAUAUAUAUUUUAAAUGUAUUUUUUCUCGUAUUAUAUUUAUUUUCCCAAAAUAUAUUUAAAAAAAUAUUUUAGGUUGUUAUUUUGUAAAAAGUAUUUAAAAAUUAUUUGAAAACAUUCUAAGCAUUGCAUAUUUCAAUUUAUAUUACAAGUUUGUCUACUUUUCCUAAACAUUUAACUGCAUAAAGCUGCAUGAAUAUUAAAAACAUUUAUCAGUUUUUUUUUUAAAUGUUUUGUCUAUUGAGCUAAUAUAUGUAAAUUUUGAAGGCUGAGAAUGUAAAAUAAUUAGGUUAUUAUAAUUAAUUUUGAGUAAUCUAUCUAGAAGAACAAAGGGUACUAAAAAAAUAUAUAUAUAUGCAGUACAAAGUCCGUAAUCUGGACGUCCACUUUUCCGGAAUGAUCUAUAAUCCGGGCCUCAAAGGUUACAAACUUUUUUUUGUAUGCUUUACGCAUGUGCGUAGAGAAUGUGCUCGCAUACAUUACGCGCAUUACGCAUGCACGCAUUGAAAGAAAUGUUUAAUAAAGUAAACAAGUAAAUAUUAAGCUUUUUUUUUUUUUUUUUUUUUUUUUUUU